AUGAACCAGCUCCAGCACCAGCAGCACCCGGCCGCCGCCGCCGCCGCCGCCGCCGCCGCGGUUUCCGCCUCAUACCAGCAGCAGGACGGUGGCACUGGUGUUGGUGCCCGCAUCAGCGGCGGCGCCGGAGAUCAGGACACCGCCGCCGCCGCUGCCUUCCCGUCGCUCCAGGCGCUUCGCGCCUCCCAGCCACAGGCCGUGCCCGCCAGCGUCCGAGUCCGGGACCUGACGGUGCAGGUGGGUGACUACGGCGGCCUGACCAACAGCAGCAGCUCGGGCGACAGCCCCGGCGCGGGCGCCGCCAUGGACCACGACGCGGUGGCCGCCGCGUGGUCCCCCCACACCGCGCGCUCCAGGACCACGGGCCUUGGCGGCGGCAGCAACAGCAGGCCGGUCAGCUGGAACUUCAGCGCCGCGUCCGCGCUGCCAGCGGACGACUGCGGCGCCGGCGUCGCGCUGCCGGACGCCACGGCGGCUGUCGCGAGGGUGCAAGUGCAACAACGUGAUGCGUCGUCUGCGGGGAGGAGAGGGGGCAGCGCCGGCCCAUCCGCUGCGGGAUCGUCGCCGGGGCCUGUGCAGGACCACAUCAUCGCUGAGCGGCGGCGGAGGGAGAAGAUCAACCAGCGGUUCAUCGAGCUCUCCACAGUCAUCCCCAGCCUCAAGAAGAUGGACAAGGCCACCAUUCUUGGGGACGCGGUGAAGUACGUGAGGGAGCUGCAGGAGAAGGUGAAGGGACUCGAGGAGGAUGGAGCCGGUGGCAGCGGCGGCAUCCAGUCGGCGGUGCUCGUCACGAAGCAGCAAGGCCACAUGCCCGAGGACGAGGCCAUGGCGAGUAGCCAUGGCGGUGGUGAAGGUGGUAUGCAGCUGCCGGAGAUCGAGGCGCGGCUGUCGGAGAGGAGCGUGCUGCUGCGGAUCCACUGCUACAGCGCGAGGGGGCUGCUGGUGAGGGUGAUAUCGGAGGUAGAGCAGAUGCAGCUCUCCAUCACCCACACCAACGUCAUGCCCUUCCUGGCCUCCACCGCUAUCAUCACCAUCACAGCCAAGGUGGAGGACGGGUUCAAUGCCAUGGUAGAUGAGAUCGUGAGAAGGAUUAACUCGGCGCUGCACCAACAUUAUAGCAGCAGUUCUGAAGAAACUAAGAAGAGGAUCAGCCAUGCUUGUCUCCAUCCAAGAGGUGAAGGGGCUUCAAAUAAUUUAUGA